AUGGCUCCUUCCAAACAAUGUGCGAACUUCGAUAACCUCAGUAUGGAUGCUGCGGAGGAGGAGCCGGUCAUUGACAUCCUUCUCGAAAAAAAGAAGACACAGCCUGCGCCCUCAGCCGUUGAGCGAACAGCAGUAUUUGAUCACCAUCAGUUUUGUACAUCAGCGGAUGCUGAGAAAAAUGAUACCAUCACUGACGAGACCCUUGUUGAUGUCCUGAAUAAGGCUACCGUCGAUCAGUUGACACGAUUAGCUGCCUCAAAGUUGGCCAGCAGGCUUUCCCUGUGGGAUUUCCUGAUUCUGCGCUGCAAAGUUGCCGCAACACCCGAUGCCGUCCUUGCCCUCUUUCUGCUGGAGUUCUUGGUGUUUGUGCGAUGUGUUCAGGACUUUUUACGGCAUCAGCUGGACCGCACAGAGGCGAGCUUCCCGUUAUUUUCUCCUGUCAGGGAUAGCCGAUGGGGUAAACAACAGACCGCGCUGGCGUCUGCCGACGAAAACAACGUUGAUGGGUCACAAUCCUCCCGUCGGACUCAGAACACGCCUCAUCCAUCCUCUUCACCAACUUUCCCGGCCCGACAUCAAGAGGACGUUGCGACCUCGGCACAGUCUCAGCCCUUCGUCAAGGUUUAUUGUGGUUUUGUUCAGAUCGAAACGACAGAACAGGUGGUCAUUCUUGGCCUAGCGCGCGGCACCUACAAGUACCGCCUUCCGUUGGACUUUGAGAAACCGACUGCUGCUGCUCACUCGAUAGCAUUGCUUCAGAUGGACACUCCUACUUCAACAAGACCGCACCCAACUGUCACUUAUGGCCGCAGCACUCGACGUUGUGUCUCCAAGACGUCGCAUACCGCCGGGGCAAUGGCUGUGUCCAACCGAUUGUCCUCGUCGUCACAGUCACCGACUGUGAUGAAGCACCCAGCGCCGUCACAACCGUUCACCGAAGAGUCUGUCGUCCCACAUACUGUCGAUCAAUCGCUACCGUCCACGCAUCCCGCCUCUCGGAUUCUGCUCCCCCAAAAUCCGCCCUGGAUCAUUCUCAGAGACACCGACACAUGGGGAGCCCCUUGUCAUCUGAUCCUGGCAGGAUUAUUCCCCAACCUUCGGCGUCUCCGUAUCAAUUAUCUCUACGGACUGGGCACAUUUGAAUCGCUAGAGUAA